AUGUCAGCUCCACUUAUCCCAAAGGUUGAAGCCAUUUUGGUUCUAGACAAUGAAGGUCAACGAUUGGCUGGCAAAUAUUACGGCGACUUUCUCAAAACCGAUGAAUCUGGCAAGACGGCCGAGGAAAUGAAAACUGCGUUUGAAAAGCAAAUUCAACAAAAGAUUUCCGGAAUUGUUGCCCGGCCGGAUGCUGCGGAAGUCAUUAGUGUCAUGGGCAAGGCCGUGGUCUUUUGCGGUGGAUCCAACGCGGGACCCAAUGGAGAUGUGCGAGUCGUUCAUGUGGGUCCUGCCAGUGAGAGUGAGCUCGUCUUGGCUUAUUUGUGCGAGGGAAUGUACGAUGCUCUUGCCCAAUUGAUGGGUGGAACAACUGAAAGAACAAUGGUUUUGGAUAACCUUGAAUUGGUAUUCCUAUUAAUUGAUGAACAUUGCGAUGGAGGUAUUAUUUUGGAAACCGAUGGAACCAAGCUAUCGGCUGCUGUACUUUUGCGGGAUGACGAACCCAUGGAUCCAACGAUGGGAGGUAUGCCUUCACAAAAUCAAGGAGUACCACAACAGCAGGGAAUUCCACAAGGCGUGAACCCUGGGGACAUGACCAUUGGACAGGCAUUCCGUCAAGCAAGAGAACAAUGGCUUUCAAGCACGGGGAUCUAG